AUGCCUGCUCAAAUGAGUAGAAGAAAAGUGAGAGGCUUGAGCGUUGAGGAUGCUGUUGAGUUCUUCAACUAUGUGAUGGACGAGAAGCCUUUUCUUCCGUUUUUGAUACCUCUGGUUUUGUUUGCUUGGGGUAUUGAGAGAUGGGUUUUCUCUUUCUCCAAUUGGGUUCCACUUGCCGUUGCUGUGUGGGCGACUAUACAGUAUGGGAAUUAUCAGCGUCGGAUACUGGUUGAAGACUUGAACAAGAAAUGGAAGAGAGUCAUACUGAACACCUCGCCCAUUACUCCACUGGAGCACUGCGAAUGGCUGAAUAGGCUACUGAUUGAGACAUGGCCUAACUAUAUGAACCCAAAGCUUUCAAUAAGAUUUUCAUCCAUUGUUGAGGAAAGAGUUGAAUUGCUGGAGUUUUCAUUAGGUUCAUCCCCGCCUAGCUUGGGUCUCCAUGGGACUCGUUGGUCCACUUCAGGUGAUCAGAGAAUCAUGCGUUUGGGUUUUGACUGGGAUACAAAUGAUAUGAGCAUUUUGUUGCUUGCAAAGCUUGCCAAGCCAUUUAUGGGGACUGCACGGAUUGUUAUAAAUAGUCUCCACAUCAAGGGUGAUCUUCUCCUGAUGCCGGUUUUGAAUGGGAAAGCGAUUUUGUACACAUUUCUGUCAGUUCCUGAAGUGAGGAUAGGAGUUGCCUUUGGAAGCGGUGGAAGCCAAUCGCUGCCUGCUACAGAGCUUCCUGGCGUUUCUUCUUGGCUGGUUAAACUUUUUAGUGACACCUUAGUUAAGACGAUGGUUGAACCUCGCCGCCGUUGUCACACUAUGCCAGCUGUAAAUCUAAGGAAAAAGGCCGUUGGAGGCAUUAUAUAUGUAACAGUCAUCUCAGCAAGUAAACUUUCUAGGAAUGGUUUGAGAGGAAGCCCAUCCAGAAGGCAAUUUGAUAAAAAUUCAGAAGAGCAGUUUGUUGAUAAAGAUCUGCAGACAUUUGUGGAGGUUGAACUUGAAGAGUUAACUAGGAAAACACGUGUGAGUUUGGGCUCAAACCCUAAUUGGAAUUCGAAAUUUAACAUGGUGUUACAUGAAGAAACAGGAAAUCUUCGAUUCCAUCUAUACGAGUGUACGCCAAACAAUGUGAAGUAUGACUAUCUGGCGAGUUGUGAAAUUAAGAUAAAGUAUGUUGAGGAUGAUUCAACAAUAUUCUGGGCAAUAGGACCUGACUCUGGUGUGAUAGCGAAGCAUGCUGAGUUCUGCGGAAAAGAAGUUGAAUUGGUUGUUCCGUUUGAGGGGGUUAAUUCAGGGGAGUUGACAGUGAAGCUUGUCCUAAAAGAAUGGCAAUUCUCUGAUGGUUCACAUGUGGAUAACUCUCUUGUUAGCUCACGAAGAUCACUUUUUGGGUCAUCAAAUUUUCUACCAAUAACUGGAAGGAAAGUGAACAUAACUGUUUUGGAAGGAAAAGAUCUUAAAGACAGAUCUGGAAAGUGCGAUCCAUAUGUUAAAUUGCAAUAUGGAAAGAGUCUCCAAAGAACAAGUACUGCUCAUGCUUUGAGUCCUGUCUGGAAUCAGAAGUUUGAAUUUGAUGAGAUAGGAGACGGUGAAUACCUGAUGAUAAAAUGCUACAAUGAAGACACAUUUGGUGACGACUGCAUCGGCAGUGCACGAGUUAAUUUAGAGGGACUGGUAGAGGGGUCAAUCAGGGACGUUUGGAUCCCUCUGGAAAAAGUAAAUUCGGGAGAAUUAAGGCUUCAAAUAGAAGCAGUCAGAGUUGAAGGCUCUGAAGGAUCAAGGGCUGCGGGUUCAAAUAAUGGUUGGAUUGAACUUGUUCUCAUUGAAGCAAAAGACCUUAUUGCUGCUGAUCUCAGAGGGACAAGUGAUCCGUAUGUGAGGGUUCAAUAUGGGAACUUGAAGAAAAGAACAAAGGUUAUGUACAAAACUCUAAAUCCCCAUUGGAAUCAGACCCUGGAAUUCCCUGAUGACGGCAGCCCCUUACUCUUGCAUGUGAAAGACCACAAUGCAUUACUACCGACGUCAAGUAUAGGUGACUGUGUCGUGGAAUACCAGAGAUUGCCUCCAAACCAGAUGUCAGACAAGUGGAUACCCCUUCAGGGUGUGAAAAGGGGGGAGAUCCAUAUUCAGGUCACAAGAAGAGUCCCGGAGUUGGAGAAAAGAUCGAGUUUAGAUUCUGAACCAUCUAUAAAUAAAGCACACAAAAUCUCCAGUGAGAUGAAACAAAUGAUGAUGAAGUUUCAGUCUCUAAUUGAGGAUGGCAAUCUUGAAGGGCUGUCAACGGCUAUGAGUGAGUUAGAAGCCCUGGAGGAUACACAAGAAGAGUACAUGGUUCAACUUGAGACUGAGCAAACACUACUUCUUAACAAGAUCAAGGAGCUUGGCCAGGAAAUUCUUAACUCAUCUCCUUCUUUUAGCAGAAGAUCUUCUGGAAUCUGA